AUGUCUCAAUCAACAAACGGUAUAGCCACUUUAUUACAAGCUGAAAGGGAGGCUCAUGACAUUGUCUCUAAAGCAAGAAAAUAUAGACAAGAUAAAUUAAAGCAAGCUAAAGCUGAUGCGGCCACAGAAAUCAAUAAUUACAAAUUACAAAAGGAUAAUGAAUUAAAGCAGUUCGAAUCUCAAAAUGAAGGAGGUGUAGACUCUUUAGAGAAGGAAGCUUCAUCAAAAGUUCAAACAGAAUUAGACGAAAUUAAAGAAAUCGCAUUUCAAAAGAAACAAGAUGUUAUCAACUUAUUAAUCGAAGCUGUCACCAAACCUUCAGCAGAAGUGCAUGUCAAUGCAGCAAUCGCUUGA